AAUAGUGCCAUCACUAUUACAAUACGACAGCAAGAAGAAGUUUUUGCGAAAAUUGGCUUUUCUUCCGAGUUUUCAUUGAUUAAACAACUCAUAUUAUCUCCAAGAAGAUGUCGCUUUUUCGCAAACCAAAGAAAAUCCAGCGCCGCGUGUUCUCCAGCAAUAUGGACGAGGACGAGGGGCCACCGCUGGAUCCGGACGCUGAAAUGGAAGCGCCUCCGCCGCCCGUAAUCUCCGGCAAGCGGGACAACAAAGAGAAGAGCCGAAAGCCCGCAAAGCCGCAGGACGACAACAGCAAGCCCAAGGCGCUGCUUAGCUUCGCGGACGAUGAGGACGACGGGGAGGUGUUCCAGGUGCGGAAAUCGUCGCACAGCAAGAAAGUGAUGCGCAUGCUGGACAAGGAGCGGCGCAAAAAGAAGCGCGAGGAACGGGCGGAGAACAGCCUCGGACAUCUGCUCGGUGGCGAAAAUGGUAGUACACAGCAUUUAGAGUCGUCCAGUGGAGCGUCUUCGGGGUCAGCUCAAGCUCCCAACUCGAGUGCCGCUGGCAGAUGUAGGAAUACUGCCAGCGAUCAGAGUAAAAGUAAAAAAAGUGAUAAUCAUAUGAUCCAAACCGAAAUACGCACAGACGACUUUGUGCUAGUGGUAAAGAAAUCAGAGACACCCGAGGGAGUACUGAACGGUCGAGCUGCCUUAUGUGCUGGGCGAAACGAUAUGAGCGACGAAGACGAUCAGCAAUCCGAGGAUGGUGGUCAAGACAAGUCACGCCAUCGCUUCUCAAAGCCAGAGCACUUGAAACAAAUGCUGGAGAGCGGAUCCAUACCGGAUGCAGCGAUGAUACACGCUGCCCGAAAGCGUCGUCAGCGGGCCAGGGAACAAGGUGCCGGCGACUACAUACCUAUUGAAGAGCCCAAGGAACCGCCCAAGCUUAGCACACGCCUGCCCUGCGAGGAUGUGGAGGGUGACCAAUCUGAUGACGAGGAGCGUAUGGAUAUGAACGAUAUAACCGGACGCAAAGAGCGCGAGGAGCGGCGCGAGCAGUUCUAUGCCGUCGAGAAUGAUUCCACCGACGAAGACUCUGACCGGGAAAUGAACGAGUGGGAGAAUCAGCAAAUACGCAAGGGUGUCACGGGUGCCCAGUUGGUCCAUGCACAGCACGAGACCGUCCUGUCGCGCUUUAUGAUCAAGCCUGCUACUCCAGCAGGAGGAUCGGUUGGGAACGAUGAUGCGGAUGCAGUGGCGCCGCCUCAACAGUCCACGUCCACGCUGCUGGAACAGGCCUACGCCAAGAGCUCUCUCGAUCGCAUCAAUCUGGCGUCAGCUGUACGAUCGUCGACGAAGGCCAAGAAGGAGAAGGCUAAGGCCACGGCGUUGCGAACACCACAGGAGAUCUUUGCUGCCAUCCAGUCGCGUCUGGGCGAGCUUAGGGAACGCUCGACGGAUCACAGCGCCAGCAUGGCCAGGAUCAGUCUCGAGCUGAAGGCAUUGAAGCUUCAGCAAUUGGAGUGCCAGCAAAAUGCACCAACGGCGGCGGCCAAGUACAAGUUCUACCAGGAGGUCAAGUGCUAUGUUAACGACCUGGUCGACUGCCUGGCCGAGAAGACGCCAAUGAUAAAUGACUUGGAAAAGCGAUCGCUUCAGCAAUAUGGAAAGAACCAACGGUAUCUGGUGAAUCGUCGCCGCCAGGAUGUCCGGGAUCAGGCCAAGGAAAUAGCCGAGGCAGCAAAGCCCAUCUCCGCUGCUGCCCGUCGGGCACCGGAAUACGAGGAGCAAGUUCGUCGUGCGGCUGAGCGGGAGGGUCGUAGGACACGUCGUCGGUGUGAGCGUGAACGAAACGACCUGCUCUCCUCACACCUGGAUGGCAUGUCCAGCGAUGAUGAGAUCGCCGACCAGCAGCAGGAACAGACCGUGGCUUCCACCGCUCAAAUGGAGUCACAGGCAUUGGAGACCUUUGAGGACGUCACCGAUGAAUUCUCAAAAGUCGAGCUGAUACUGAUGAAGUUUUAUGCCUGGCGUAAAACGGACAUGUCCUCCUACCAAGAUGCUUUUGUUAGUCUGUGCCUGCCCAAGGUAUUGGCACCAUUGGUGCGCCAUGAACUGCUGCUGUGGUCGCCACUGCUGGACGAGUACGCGGAUAUAGAGAAUAUGCGCUGGUAUCAGGCCUGCAUGCUGUAUGCCUGCCAGCCAGAGGAGACGGUGGACCAGCUGAAGAACGAUCCGGAUAUUAACUUGGUUCCAGCGCUCAUUGAAAAGAUAGUCCUGCCCAAGGUGACCGCUUUGGUCACCGAAUGCUGGGAUCCCCUGUCCACCACACAGACUCUGAGGCUGGUGGGUUUCAUUAAUCGCUUGGGCCGAGAGUUCCCGCUGAGCGGCACCAAUAAGCAGUUAAACAAGCUGUUUGAGUCCAUAAUGGAGCGCAUGCGAUUGGCCCUAGAGAAUGAUGUCUUUAUACCCAUAUUUCCCAAGCAAGUGCAAGAAGCCAAGACAUCCUUUUUCCAGCGUCAGUUUUGCAGCGGCCUAAAGCUUUUCCGCAACUUUCUCAGCUGGCAGGGAAUUUUGGCAGAUAAACUGCUUCGAGAGCUAGCUAUUGGAGCGCUAUUGAAUCGUUACCUUCUGCUGGCCAUGCGCGUCUGCACGCCAAACGAUGCCAUCAACAAGGCCUACAUCAUUGUGAAUACCUUGCCCACGGUCUGGCUGUUGCCCAACAGCGAAACCCUCAAGAAUCUAGAGCUAUUCAUAGGAUACAUCAAGCAGACUCUAGAGAGCUGUGAUGCCAGCAAUGCACCAGUGUUUAUGCAAUCCAGCGAUAAGGCCAAGCAAAUACUUCAAAGACUUCAUAGUAUUUAGAGAGCACCGAUCGCCGCUCACAAUUCAAUCCUAACAAUCAAAUGAGCACAACCUAUAUAGUGUGUUGUUAGCAAAUCCCUUAGUUAUAAGAACUCGGCAAGGGUGUGUAAAUAUAUAUAAAUCGCAGGAGUAAAGCUUGAGCUUACACUAAAUUGAGAAUUAGCCUGCCCUCCCAAAAAACCAAAAUCAAUCUACAAACAGUUUUCCUAUCAAAAAACUCUUAAGUGAUAAAGUGUGGAA